UAUUUUUUAAUUUUUAUGUGGUGCUGAGGAUCGAACCCAGUGCCUCACGCAUGUUAGGUAAGUGCUCUACGUCUGAGCCACAGCCCCAGCCCAGGCCUCAAACUCUUGAGCUCAGGUGAUCCUCUGGCCUUAGACUCCUGAGUAGCUGUGACUGUAGGUACAUGCCCCUGCACCAGCCUCUCAAAGACAUUUUUAAAGAUAUGCCGUCAACAGGGGUGGGCAUACGUGGUGUGGAGAGCACAUCCACUUCAGGAUAGACACAAGUGUUUUCUCUCUCCAGGGGACCUUGGGCAUGUGGAGCCCCAGCAUCACUUCUGUUGGGUGCUUAGGGGAGUGGUCUCUGUCAUAUAGAUGAGGUAUCAUUGAAUUAUAAAUUUAAAAGUGUUGGUUGAAAUUGGGUAGUGUCCAGCAGAUGUAAGAUGACCCAUAGGAUCUUGUUCUACGGUGUCAGACCAGCCUAGGACAGUGAGAGCAUCUCUUGGUUGCUGCCCUCUGCAGGUCUUUGAGAGGCUCUGCAGUGACCUAAUGGCUUGGAAGUCUGUUCCUUCUGCCAUGGAGGGUGCUGGUCCUACAGAUGUGGGGUUGGAGUGUUGCUUGGAGAUGUGUAAGUUGUUUCCAAGAGUGAGCAGGGGUGUAGCAACUUCUGGGGCCACAGGAUUUCUGAGUUAAAUGUGCUUCCUGUUCAGGGGCUGUCAUAGUUGCCCCUUUCCUAGGGUUUGUAGGUUUGAGCUCUGGAUGUUCCAUGUUUUUUUUUUUUUUUUCUUUUAGUAAUUUUUUUGCAUAGAGGUUUGAUGUGAGGUCUCUGGAGGUAGUUGUCCACAGGGACCAGCCAUGUUGGCUGCUGGGGGUCUGAAAACAUAGCAGUUACUGUUGUGUGGUAUGUGUUGUGGGAUUAUUUUAAUAUAUGUAAUCAAAAUUGUGGUGUGCUUGAAGGAAUAGUAAACAGCUCAUAAAUCAGAUAGCCAUCUUCAAAAUCAGCUGGUAUACCUUGACAGGCUGUGUUACUGUGUCCAGGAACAUUCUGUCAGUGUUUAGGUCACUCAGUGACCUCCCAGGGCCACAGGCAUAAGGAGCAGGCCCGAGUGUGCACUGUGUGGGCAGUGAGGGCAUGUUUAAAGGAGGGGCCCGAGGCUCAGUGUGUUUGGGACAGCAGUGGACACCAGUGGGGUUGGGGUCACAGUGAAAGUGGUGGGGUCUGUAACUAGUUUUCUUCUGAGUGCGCAGGACACCUUAGGUGAAGGCUUCCAUCUGGCAGGUGUUGGAGAAAAGCAGGGGGCAGGGUGGAGAUGAGAGGGACUAGUACUGCGGGUGUGGGAGGCAGAAUGGGCAGAAUUGGCUGGUGCUUGAGCAAGGAAUGGACCCAAUCUUCUGGGUUUGGCAAGUCCCUAGCAAGUGCCAAGUGGUCUUGAGACCAGAAAGCCCACUUUCUGGGGCAGCAUCCAGGAUAGAGACCAGAGAGGAGGAAGGAGGGGCAUUAGCAGCCUCCUGGAUCUAUCUGGGACUGUCUAGUCACUGGGUCUGCUGCAGGUGAGCAGUUGUGGGACUGAGUGACCUGCACUGCUGGGUCAUGACCACACAACAGUGUUGUUUACCUCACCAUAGUCUUGCCACCAGUGAUCUGACUGCUGGAUGAGGCCCUGCUGAUGCCAGGAUCAGGGUGACCUAAGGCAUUGAGGGCCACCAGGACACCCUUGAUGACUUGGACCUUGGGCAGGCAAAUUGAUAGGGCCUGUAGCCAGGUAGACCCGCACAGCCCAGCUGAAGAGAGUAGUCAGGCUCCAGGAGGCAGCAAGGGCCCUGGCUAGGGCUGUUGUCCAUGCACAGGGCAGUCAGCAUGCCUGUUGCUCCUGCAGCGGAAGGGGAAACAUAUUUGUGUCUUGAAUUUUGGAGUAGUUCUGAGAGCUGAUUCCUUAAAUAAAACAUGACCAGAGUUUUGCUCUGAAGAGAUUCUUGGGAGUGUAUUGCUUCAAGCUGCUUGCAGCCUCUCUGGCUUGCCUACUUCUUCUAAGGAGUUUCCUCAGACACCAGGCCCUCCUUCCUGCUCCUUGCUCCAGGGCAUGCACCCACUGCCACCUGGGUCCGCCCCUCAGCUGUGUGCUAGGUUGGGAGUGCGCCCAUUUACCCCCUUAUCCUCACUUGUACAAGCUUGCUCUUCUGCCUGAGAGGUACCUGAUUCCCACAUCCUUCUCACCAGGAGGGGCCCUGAGAACAGUGUAGUCAGAGGUUGGUCCCAGUCUGUAGGCUGCUUUUGGAAGGGGAUUGUGGCAGGGAAGCUGUCCUUAGCAAGCAGCAUGCUCUUGGGGCUGUGGCCUGCCAGGUGUGAGGUUGUGAGCAGCAGUCCUGCUUGUCUCGUCAGAGGUGUCCUGCUGCAGCUUGGGGAACCCAGGGCUCCCCAUGUCUGUGCUGCUGUCCAGCUGCGUUUCUGGUUCACAGCUUCUCAUUGGUGCCUGCCUGUGACAUGGAUGUUUCUGUGCCCACUGGACCCAACACAUGGGAAUUGACUUCACUUUAGCCAGAAGCUCUGAGAUCUGUGUACCUGGGCUUUACUAAAUUUCCUGGGGCAGGGGUGCUUGUCCUCUCCUCUGCUCCUGAAAAUGUUGGCAGAAGAGAGGGGUCCAAGGCCAUGAUUGGGAACUUUGUAGUAAAUUGUCCUUUCUGGCCCCCUUUUCCCCUGCCAGGGAGUUCAGGGGAACUGAACUCAUGGAUGUUGCUGCCAAGAUCCGAGACAGGGCUGCUGUCUGGGAGGAGAACGCUUGGCAGCUAGGUGCUGUUUGCUUUUCCUCUCUGCCUGAUCAGUGGGUCUUGGCAUCCUUGCCCAUCAUCAUCCAGCCCAAAGCAGAUGCCUCUUCCCGGGCUUCUGCAUAGUGAGGCCUCCUGAUGGGCAGGGAAGAGAGAAGCCUGCUCUGUCUGGAGCAGGAACCCAGUGGAGACUGUCAGUGCCGGAGGGUGAGGGAGGUGGGCGGAUGAGGAAGUGCUACAGUUCAUCAGAAAGGAGAAUGGGGUGGAGGUGGGGGUAGGAAGAGGCAGCUCUGCAGGUUCAAUUGGCAGUCUUUAGAAGAGGCAGAAGAAAUGGGCACAAGACGCUGGGCAAUCCAAGUAAAGCUCCUCUGUGGGGCUUACUGAGGCCAAGUACCAACAGGUGCCAGGGCUGAGCUGGCACACAGAGCUCUGUGGUUAGCCUGGAUGGUGCAGGAACUGAGCAAACGGGGAGCACAAUGGCCAGUGCCUAGUCAGCUGCAUUCUCUGCCCAAGUGGGGCUGCCUCUGGGCACUGUCUAGGACCUGACAAACUGGCAGGUGGGCACCAUCCCCAAACACGCUUUUUGUAGGACCAUGGGCACAGGAUGGAGGAUGGUGUACUUUAGUGUAAGCCAGAAGGUGCCUGUUUUCCCAGCCAGGGUUCAUGCCAGCAGAAAACCCGUGGUCAUGGUCUGCAUGUGCACCAGAGUAUGGCCAUCACCCUCUCUGAGCCGCAGGUUCCACAUCGUAACAGGAGAUUGGACUAGCUUGUCACCAAGGCUCCCAAGAGCUCUGUGCUAGGUCCCCGUUACAGGUUUGUGCAGAUGCAGUUGCUCAGACCCUUUACCACUUGCUACUGGUGGGCUCCAUCGUCUUCAUUUUUCCCUCCAGAGGUUUGUUUGGGAAUUGAAGCGUAACGUGGGCUGUGUUCUUCCUUAGGGCUUCGUGACGUGUAGGGGAUACAGCUCUCAUGGCUGCAGCCAGUGUGACACCCCCUGGCUCUCUAGAUCUGCUGCAGCCCGGCUUCUCCAAGACCCUCCUCGGGACCAAGCUAGAGGCCAAGUAUUUGUGCUCUGCCUGCAGAAAUGUCCUACGGAGGCCCUUCCAGGCCCAGUGUGGCCAUCGCUAUUGCUCAUUCUGUCUAACCAGCAUCCUCAGCUCUGGGCCUCAGAAUUGCGCUGCCUGUGUUCAUGAGGGCAUAUAUGAAGAAGGCAUUUCUAUUUUAGAAAGCAGUUCGGCUUUCCCAGAUAAUGCUGCCCGCAGGGAGGUGGAGAGCCUGCCGGCCGUCUGUCCCAAUGAUGGGUGCACUUGGAAGGGGACCCUGAAAGAAUAUGAGAGCUGCCACGAAGGACUCUGCCCCUUCCUCCUGACUGAGUGCCCUGCAUGUAAAGGCCUGGUCCGCCUUGGGGAGAAGGAGCGCCAUGUGGAACAGGAAUGCCCAGAGAGGAACCUGAACUGCCAGCACUGCCAGGAGCCCUGUGGCCAUGCUGACCUGGAGGCACACCAUGAAGUCUGCCCCAAGUUCCCUUUGACCUGUGAAGGCUGUGGCAAAAAGAAGAUCCCUCGGGAGAAGUUUCAUGACCACGUCAGGACGUGUGGCAAGUGCCGGGUCCCCUGCAGAUUCCAUUCUGUUGGCUGCCCUGAGAUGAUGGAGGCUGAGGAGCUGCAGGAGCAUGAGGCAUAUCAGCUGCGGGAGCAUCUGGCCCUGGUGCUGAGCUCCCUCCUGGAGGCACAGACUCUCCCUGGGGUCCAGAACCAGGUAGGACCACAGCUGCUGCAGCGGUGUCAGACCCUGGAGCAAAAGACGACCACCUUUGAGAACAUCGUCUGUGUCCUGAACCGAGAGGUGGAGAGGGUGGCUGUGACUGCUGAGGCCUGCAGCCGGCAACACCGGUUAGACCAGGACAAGAUUGAAGCCCUGAGUAACAAGGUGCAGCAGCUGGAGAGGAGCAUUGGCCUGAAAGACCUGGCCAUGGCUGACCUGGAGCAGAAGGUCCUGGAGUUGGAGGCAUCCACCUACGAUGGGGUCUUUAUAUGGAAGAUCUCAGACUUUGCCAGGAAGCGCCAGGAGGCUGUGGCUGGCCGUACACCUGCCAUCUUCUCCCCAGUUGCUGCGGAAAGCAGGGAAGAUGGUUUUCAAGUGUUAUGCCUGGGGCUCUGCUCUGGGGACUGUGUUUGGCCUGCAUUCCUCUUCAGAGCCCGAAACCAGAACUAUGGAGAAGCAGGAGGAGCCUUCUACACCAGCAGGUAUGGCUACAAGAUGUGUCUUCGAGUCUACCUGAACGGUGAUGGCACCGGAAGAGGAACACAUCUGUCUCUCUUCUUUGUGGUGAUGAAAGGCCCCAAUGAUGCCCUCCUGCGGUGGCCCUUCAACCAGAAGGUGACGUUGAUGCUGCUGGACCAGAACAACCGGGAGCACGUGAUCGAUGCCUUCAGGCCCGACAUAACCUCAUCCUCCUUCCAGAGGCCAGUCAGCGACAUGAACAUUGCCAGUGGCUGCCCCCUCUUCUGCCCUGUGUCCAAGAUGGAGGCCAAGAAUUCCUACGUGCGAGAUGAUGCCAUCUUCAUCAAGGCCAUUGUGGACCUGACUGGGCUGUAGCCACCCCUCAGCAGGUGCAGGAGCUCAGUGAGGAGCUGACAUGCUGGUCAAGAGCCCUGCUGUGCAGGGCAGGCAGUCUGGGUGUAGGUGCUGGGGAGGCCUCAGCCUGCAGCCAUGCUCACUGUCACAUGAGGAAGAAGCUGUUGGCCAGUCCUCAGCUGGCAGAGAGUGGAGAGACCCUGGAUGGCUCAUCCCAGGUCCCUGGUGGGAUUGGCCAGAGCUCUUCUGAUUCCCAUCAGAACUGCCCUCACUGUUUUCUGUGCAGUGUGGGGAGAGUUCCUGGGUGGGGUGCCCAGAGGGGAGCUUCAGAGCUGUCUGAGCCGCAGGAGUGUGGUGGGUGGCCUGGUGCCUUUGGUGUAGUCAUCAGAAAGGAGGCGUGGUCUGCGCUGGGAGAAGGGCCUCUGUCUAUAGAGUGCUCAGAAGAGAAAGGGUGCUCAGAAUCCAGGUGCUCUUGGGACAGGAGCCCGUCUGUGCUGGCCAGGCUGAGAAGCGGUGUCUAGCCCCGCCCCAUGUUGGCUACACCAUCAGGCUGAGGAGAAAUCACUAUUAAACUGUUCAGACCUCU